AUGACUCCGACGGCGACGUUCGUCUUACUGCUCUUAGUUGGAACUGUGGCUGCCAUGCCAGACCAGUCCUCAAGGAUUGUCGGUGGGACAGCGACAACUAUCGAUCGGUACCCCACAAUGGCAGCAGCACUUUUUUCUAGCAAUAUGGCCCAGUGGUUGCAAGGAUGUGGCUGCUCCAUUCUCAAUAACAGAGCCGUCCUUACAGCUGCACACUGCAUUAAUGGAGAUCGUAUCGGUGCUUGGAGAGUUCGAGUCGGAUCUUCUUUUGGAAAUAGUGGAGGUGUUGUUCAUGAAGUCAACCGGCAUAUCAUCCACCCUAAUUACAAUCACCGUACAGAGGACGCUGAUGUGGCUAUCAUGCGUACAGUUUUACGGAUUAACUUCGUAACUAAUGCCGUGCAGCCAGCUCGUAUUGCGGGUUCCAAUUACAACCUUGCCGAUAAUCAAGUUGUUUGGGCAGCUGGAUGGGGAUCUACAAUGACUGGAAGUGGUUUUGCUGAACAGCUUCGACAUGUUCAAGUUUGGACGAUAAAUCAGGCCAUCUGUAGAGACCGAUACUCGAGAAUAAAUAGACCGAUCACCGACAAUAUGUUGUGCUCCGGCUGGCUUGACGUCGGCGGCCGCGACCAGUGUGGAGGUGAUUCCGGUGGUCCUCUAUACCACAGCGGCGUCGUCGUCGGGGUAUGCUCGUGGGGAUUCUCAUGUGGAAGUGCAUACUACCCUGGAGUAAAUGCUCGCGUCUCUCGCUUCACUUCGUGGAUUCAAAACAAUGCUUAG